UUUGUGCUCUCUUCUCUUUUCUUUCCAGUUCAACAGAAUGGAGUCCGACACUGCUCCUACACAGCAUCCAGAAAAAACCUGUAUGUUAACAAAAACACAAAGGUUAUCUGUCAGGGUUUUACAGGCAAACAGGGCACCUUUCACAGCCAGCAGGCAUUGGACUAUGGCACCAAUCUAGUUGGAGGAAUUUCUCCAGGGAAAGGGGGAAAAACUCAUCUAGGUCUGCCUGUGUUUAAUUCUGUGAAGGAGGCCAGAGAAAAAACGGGUGCUUCAGCCACUGUCAUCUACGUCCCUCCCCCGUUUGCUGCUGCUGCCAUCACCGAGGCCAUCGAUGCAGAGAUGCCCCUGGUGGUUUGCAUCACCGAGGGCAUCCCCCAGCAGGACAUGGUGCGGGUCAAGCACCGGCUGCUGCGGCAGAGCAAGACCCGCCUGGUGGGCCCCAACUGCCCCGGGGUCAUCAAUCCUGGAGAAUGUAAAAUUGGUAUCAUGCCUGGUCACAUUCACAAGAAAGGAAGAAUUGGUAUUGUGUCAAGAUCUGGAACCCUGACAUAUGAAGCUGUUCAUCAGACAACACAAGUUGGGUUGGGGCAGUCUAUUUGUGUAGGUAUUGGAGGCGAUCCCUUCAAUGGAACUAAUUUUAUUGACUGCCUUGAUGUCUUCCUGAAGGAUCCUAAUACUGAGGGGAUCAUACUGAUUGGGGAGAUUGGAGGAAAUGCUGAAGAAGAUGCAGCAGCAUUUUUAAAGGAAAAUAAUUCUGGCCCCAACGCCAAGCCCGUGGUGUCCUUCAUCGCCGGGCUGACGGCUCCUCCGGGCCGGCGGAUGGGCCACGCUGGAGCCAUCAUCGCUGGGGGAAAGGGGGGAGCCAAGGAGAAGAUUGCAGCCCUCCAGAGUGCAGGGGUUGUGGUCAGCAUGUCCCCUGCCCAGCUGGGCAGCACCAUCUACAAGGAGUUUGAGAAAAGAAAAUUGCUGUGAGAGAAGACACUUUGGAAUACUUUCUCCAAAACACCAGUGCAGCACCAGGCCUCCGCUUAUUUUUUGUCUGCUAAUCUUCAGUUGCCCCAAUGACUUGCCAUUGGUCAAUGAACUGGACUUGGAAGCCAUAAACCUCCUGGCUAAACCUGUUUUGGUGUCUCCUUGUUUCCAGACAUUGUCACCCUGUUGUAAAUCACAGCAAAUUAAUAAAUCUACUACUAAAUCUGA